CGCCCUCUCCAAACUCAUCCGGACUUUCCGGACCUUUUUAGCUUAGGAACAAAUAGUAAGGAAAGAAAAGAACAACAAACACGUUUCUGCAUUGUACAGCGCAUACUUUUCUCUCAGUAACGCACUGGUUUUUAUCUGUCUCUGUCGUUGAGAUUGUAGGUUCCAAUUACAUCUUGAAAUCCCCCCUCCCCAAGCUUGCAAAACAAGACAAAGGACUAUUUUGCUGUCACAAGCUUCGAUCCAAGCAAGCAAAUCGGCUGUUUUUCCCAAUCAAAAGAGAGGGGACGCUUUCCUCCGCCAUUUAGCGCCCAACACUCUUACGGCCGGACAUCAUAACGCCAACUCUCUCUUCUUUAUCUUCUUUGCGAGGGCAAUCGAAGCCGAUUUUCUUGUCUUGCCACCGACGUGGAAAACGACCAAUACAUUUUUUAUUUAAAAAAAAAAGAGAGAACAAAAUUGCCGAAAGUGUACAGCAGAGCGGCGGCGUCAUCCUCUGUCUCUCUUAAAGUCUACGGGGAUCACGUCGAACCCCCGCACCCUGAAUAUCAAGGGCUGUAUUGUGUGCCCAUUGUAUCAAAAGAAACCAAGGAGACGAAAAAGACAUAAACGUCAAAAUGUGGACCAAGCCCAAGCUCUCGCCGACUACCAACGAGACCCCCACGGGGGCCGACCCGCUCUCGCCAACGGUCCUGUCGUCCCGCCAGCGCAACCCGGGCAGGCGAUUCGCACAGAUUGUCAAGCUCAAGCCUGAGUUUCAGGAGCAGUACAAGGAGGCCCACGCAAAGGUGUGGCCCGACGUUCUCAAGCAGAUAAAGGAAUGCAACAUUGUCGAUUACAGCAUUUUCCACGACCCACAGACCAACAUCCUGUUUGCUUCAUUCAAGUACAUCGGAUAUGAUUACCAGGGCGAUAUGGAGAAGAUGCGCGAGAACGAAAAGGUACGCGAGUGGUGGAAGAUGACGGACGGAUGGCAGGAGAGCAUGGUGCCGGGCGCCAAGAGCAGCGAGGCUGGCGAACCGGGAUGGUGGAAGCCUGUCGAGGAGGUUUUUUACACGGCAUAGGAGUGGGUGGAUAUAACAACACGACAGGCCUUGCUCUGGUCUAGGGGUCUCUGUUUGCGCAGGGCUGCCUGCUUCUGCGCCUAUGCGUCUUGGUCCUUCUCGCUAUCGUACAAGCUGUUCCUGGGUCACGGCCCCUUUUACCUGAUUCUGCGCCGUGAUGAA